CCGUUUACAGGCUAGUCACCCCGCCCCCUCCCGCCUCCCCGGUUUCUGCCCUGCUUACUUAGCUCGCUUUUUCUGCCGUUUGCUUUUCUUAUCUCUCAGCCCACUCAUGGGGCUACGUUUUUCUCGUUCUCCCUAGCUUAUCUUUGUUUAGCCGAAGUCGCUGGGUGUAUGCAUUUCUUAAAGUUUUGUGAAGAGUUGUUGAUUGCUUUAGUGCGCAAGGCAGUGGGAAGAGCCUGUAACUUCCUCAAUUUGAGAAGCGGAAUUCACAACCUGGGCUGUUGUUUCUGCGUCCUUUGGUAUUGCUAACCGCUUGCAAAAAGUAACAAGAUGCUGAAUUACAACCCCUCUGCUGCUGGAGGGUGUCUUUUGGACAGGAAGGCGGUAGGAACUCCGGCUGGCGGGAGUUUCCCCAGGAGGCAUUCUGUCACCCUGCCCAAUUCUAAGUUCCAUCCGACCCAUCUCCUUAACGGCCUAAAGGGAGAGCCAGCCCCAGCCUUGGGGCCCAGGGAGAACCGCUUUCGAGACCGCUCCUUCUCCGAAGGUGGAGAGCGCCUGUUUCAGCAAAAGCAGCCCGGUGGGCAAGUCAACUCAAGUCGCUACAAGACGGAGCUCUGCCGCCCGUUUGAGGAGAAUGGGACCUGCAAAUACGGAGACAAGUGCCAAUUUGCUCACGGCAUUCAUGAGCUGCGAAGUUUGACCCGCCAUCCCAAGUACAAGACGGAGCUCUGUCGCACUUUCCAUACCAUUGGCUUCUGCCCUUAUGGGCCUCGCUGUCAUUUCAUCCACAAUGCUGAGGAGCGCCGGGCUGUAGCUGGUGGCGGUCGAGAGCCUAUGAUUGCUGAAAGACCCCGCCUCCAACACAGUUUCAGCUUUGCUGGCUUCCCAAGUGCUGUUGCUGCCAAUGGGCUGCUGGACAGCCCCACCUCAAUAACCCCUCCGCCCAUCAUAAGUGCUGAUGACCUCCUGGGUUCUCCUACUCUGCCUGACUGUGCCAGCAAUCCAUUCACCUUCUCCAGCCAGGAGCUGACCAAUCUCUUUGCUCCUAGUAUGGGGGUGCAGGUGCCUGGGGGGGGCUCACCCACUGCUUUCCUCCUUAGACCCAUGUCUGAGUCCCCAAACAUGUUUGACUCUCCUCCGAGUCCACAGGGCUCCCUCUCUGACCAGGAAGGUUAUCUGAGCAGCUCUAGCAGUAGCCACAGUGGCUCGGAUUCGCCUAUCCUGGACACCUCAAGACGUCUUCCCAUCUUCAGCAGACUGUCCAUCUCUGACGAAUAAAUCUGGUAUUGCCUUUUGGCCUCUUCCCACAUGUAUUACAAUGUUAAGCUUGUAGCCCCCUUUCUCUCCUAAACCUCCCUUAGCAUCUUUGGGUUUGAUGUUAACUCCAAGGUUGUCCACCUGCCUAGAGUCCAGACACUGGCUGAAACCGCAAGUGCCAAAUUACGAAAAAAGUGAUAACGUUUACAAGUGUAGUGCCUUUUAAUAUGUUCACUGUGACUAUAUUACCUCUCCAGCUGCAGAGGGCACCAGCAGCAUCUAUAGAGCUCUGCAUUUCCAGAUGUGCAGGAAUAUCUAGAACUAUAACAACUCCUGCCGUGAGCAGUAGUUCAGAUGGAGAAACCUCUUCCCUUUCUUUGUCUUCCCUUCCUUUGCCUGUGUUCAGUAGACAUAUGGCAGGUGGACAUCUGUUAACAUCCAGCCCCUUCCACAUUUUAUAAAGGCUUGUUGCCUGAAUCAACUCAGGUCAGCCAGAAGAACAGCUGAGAAUGGACAGUUCACUCUAACGUGCGGGGGACUUGGUAAAUGGAGAGUUAAGCCAGAUGGACAUUGAACGACUUGCUUUUGGUGCUACAGGUUCUCCGCAUGUACAUGUGACAUCUUCACAAAAAGUGGGGAGGGGAGGGGUAUCUAACGGUGUUCAUUCCACACAUGCAAGUUCAGUGUAAACAAAGUUCCAGUAGUCAUAGCUUUAAUGGUUUUGCUCUAUAGUACAAUAGACCUAUCCAUAGAGCACUCACGCCAAGCUUUUUAUUUUAUUUUUUUUUCUGGGUUUUUAAUUUUGUAUAACUUCAGAAAUUGGAGAGCAAAUUUUGCUUGUCACUGCACAACAAUAUAAAGCUUAUUUAACUUAUCAAAAACGUAUUUAUUGCUGAAACCUAUGCUUUUUUGUUAAUUUUGUUCAUAUUUAUCUGGAUGAUGAAUUCAUAGAAUAUAUUCUUUUAUGUUUAAAUUAUGAUCUUCCAUAUUAAUCUUAAGAUUGUGAAGUCUUUUUCUUUUCUCCCUCCCCCACAGUUUAAUAUAUUAUACUACAAUGACAUUUUUGUAACUUUACACUUUUUUUGGUUAUUUUAUUUUUAAAAAAUGAAAAUUUAAUUUAAAAAAUGCAACAACUGUGUUCGGAUUAUUUAUUUUAGAUCGUUCCCCUUUUUGUGUCAGACUGCAAAUUGAGUUUCAUGUGCUUCUUUGCCUUCCUUUGCCCAACAAGGCCUCUCCCCAGGUGGGGUGAAAUUCUGGCCCUUCUGAUGUCAUUGGAGUAUUUUGUCAAUGACUUCAGUAGAAUACAAAUUUCAUUGCUGGCCUCUAGAAUGUAUAAGCAUAAGCUGUGCUGUGAGACGAUGAAAAGGAAGAUCUUUUGCUUCCUUUUUUUUUGUAAGUAUUUAAAGGAAAAGAAAAUUACCCUUUGGUUUCAAGUGCCUGUCUAAAGACAUUCCAAAUGUAGUUUGUCUUUGCAUUUCUGUAUUCCAAGAAUGGAGUGUUUCCUCUUUUAAAGGUAAACAUUGCUGGCACAAAGAACACAUUGAAUGUAAUUUUUCCCAUUACUGUUCACUACAUUGCUUUUUUUUUUUCCUUUUUCCUUUAUGUGAGUUUAUUUAAGAGAAUCUUUUGUAACGACUGUUUGCAGUUUAAAUCAAUAAAUCCCAAGUGUUUUUUCAAGAA